AUGGUGUCUGUAAAAUGGGCGGUGGCAGUUUUUCUGUUGCAGCUUUGCUGGAGUGGCUGUGGCAUCUGCGGCAAGGUCCUUGUGUGGCCCUGUGAUAUGAGCCACUGGCUGAAUCUCAAGACUAUUCUUGAGGAACUCGCAGCAAGAGGGCAUGAGGUGACAGUCCUGAAAUAUCCCAGUAUUAUCAUAGAUCAGAGUAAACUUACUCCACUGCACUUCGAGAAUAUCCCUGUGCUGUAUGAAAGUGAGGUGGCCGAGAAUUAUCUAAAUGAAAUGGUAAACCUAGCUGUGAACGUCAUGCCAAACCUGUCACUGUGGGAAGCAGCAAGAACAUUUCAAGAUUUCUUUCUUCAGCUGACUGGCAUUUUUGAAGAUCUCUGUAGGAGUGCAUUGUACAACCAGACAUUCAUGAACAAGCUACGGGACGCAAAAUAUGAUGUAAUGGUUUUGGACCCUGUCGUUCCCUGUGGAGAGCUGGUGGCAGAAGUGCUUCAGAUCCCUUUUGUAAACACAUUGAGGUUCAGCAUGGGCUACUCCAUGGAGAAAUACUGCGGCCAACUUCCAGUUCCACUUUCGUAUGUACCGGUUGUCAUGAGUGAACUAACAGACCAUAUGACCUUUACAGAGAGGGUGAAAAAUAUGAUGCUUUCACUGUUUUUUGAGUUUUGGCUCCAGCAAUAUGACUUUGCAUUCUGGGAUCAGUUUUACAGUGAAACUCUAGGAAGACCCACCACAUUUUGUAAGACUGUGGGGAAAGCUGAAAUUUGGCUAAUCCGAACAUAUUGGGAUAUUGAAUUUCCUCGGCCAUAUUUACCAAAUUUUGAGUUUGUGGGAGGACUGCACUGCAAACCUGCCAAGCCUUUGCCUAAGGAACUGGAGGAAUUUGUUCAGAGCUCUGGAGAACACGGUGUUGUAGUGUUUUCGCUGGGGUCAAUGGUCAGAAACCUGACAGAAGAGAAAGCCAACCUCAUUGCCUCAGCCCUUGCCCAGAUUCCCCAGAAGGUUUUGUGGAGAUACUCAGGCAAGAAGCCAGCCACAUUAGGACCCAAUACUCGGAUUUUAAAUUGGAUUCCCCAGAAUGAUCUGCUUGGACAUCCUAAAACCAGGGCUUUCAUCACACAUGGUGGGACGAACGGGAUCUACGAAGCCAUUUACCACGGGGUCCCUAUGGUGGGCAUUCCCCUGAUUGGUGAUCAGCCUUACAACAUCGCUCACAUGGAGGCCAAGGGAGCAGCGGUCAGAGUCGCCAUCAACACGAUGACCAGCGCAGAUUUGCUCAGUGCCGUGAGAGCGGUCAUUAAUGAGCCUUCCUAUAAGGAGAAUGCCAUGCGACUAUCAAGACUCCACCACGAUCAGCCAGUGAAGCCCCUGGACAGAGCCGUCUUCUGGAUUGAGUUUGUCAUGCGUCACAAAGGAGCCAAGCACCUUCGUGUGGCUGCACAUGACCUCAGCUGGUUUCAGUACCACUCUCUGGACGUGAUUGGGUUCCUCCUGGUCUGUGUUGUAACUCUGACAUUCGUCAUCACUAAAUGUUGUCUGUUUACAUGUAGAAAAUUUUGUUUGAGAGAAAAGAAGAAAAAGGGUAAUAGAAAGAAGAAGAACUAG